GUUAACCUAACUAUUGUAGAUUCAGACUCAGAUUCGGAUUCUACUACUAAUACAUCAUCUAGUAAGCCUUCUACUAUAUUCGAACCUUGGGAUAUAGGCGGUGGGGAACCCACUCAUUCUAGUUCUAG